CCAACCCCUUCACCCCCAACUGUCUUGCCACGACACGGUCCCGCACACGCUGGUCCUUUGGACUUUCCCGUCAGCCUCUCUCACCUGCUGCAGGUAAGACGUCUGUCAGUGAGUCACGUGGGACUUUGGUCUGCUGCGUAUCAACGACUCCGGCGACCUGUGACCUCACCGCUUCAUGCUGCUGACGAUGGUGACUAAAGUGGGUUCCUCGGUUGCUUGCUGCGCCCUAUUGCUGAUCAUGACCUCUUGGAAGGUGAAAGGUCAUGCGGGUCAUCACAGCGAAAAUAUGCAGCAGCCACCUACAAGCUUUCACGAUCCAAACGUGGUCGGAAAUCAAGAGCACCUCAGAGAACACUUGAAAAAUGAGAUCAACAUCAACAAGGACCUGUCACCAGAAGAGAUGGAGUUCCACUAUUUCCGGCUGCACGACAGCAACAACGACACCUUGCUGGACGGCCAGGAGAUCAUGAAGGCCUUGACCCACAUGAUGCAGCCGCCGGAACUGAUGCCGUUUGAGAUGCAGGGCAAGACGGCCCCCGACAUCGCCAAGCUGAAGAAGGAGAGGUACCUGCAGUUUAUGCAGGGCAUUGUGCAGGUCGUGGACAAGGUUUUGGAGACGGAUGACGUGGACAAAGACGGGUACUUGACGUACCCCGAGUACAUUGUCGCCAGGCGGCGCGACGCCAAGCAGAUGUUGAAGAUGCAGCAGGAGAUGCUGCGCCAGGCCGAGGCGUACCGCCAGCAGCAGGCGGAGUUGGCCAACAAACCCAAGGAGGCGCUGCUGUAGUCGCAGGCUGCACCAUCGUGACGUAGCCAUCUGUCGCCGCCUACAUUUGUCAGGGGACACAAUCACUCCCUUCCUUCUCUUGUGCUGACGCCGACACCCAGCGCAUAUAAAUAAUGAACUUUAAGAUAAAUCGGAAACAAAACUGAUGUUUUCUCUCCAUAGUCACCUGUCACACACACUACAAACUCAUCUGUACGCACAAGUCGUGCGAUCAUGAAGUCAUUGUCAACGAUGUAGCUAUUUAGUUAUUUAUUUAUAAAUUUCAUUUGUAAUUUCCACACUUAUUUUACAACUUAUGUUACUUCAUUUCAAACAAAUGGGGAAAAAACCUAAUUCGACUUUCUGAAGUAGAAGUAGAUAGGAGUGUUUAUUCCAACGGUUUUAGUGGGCUUUUUUAACAGAAAUUGUUUCAAGAAUUUUUUAACGGUCUUGUUUGAUGGAAAUCCACACCGGAAGAUGCUUUGGAGUUCUCGGAGGAGAUGCAAACUGAGUCUUGAUCUUUUUGAGUGACUUCGUGAAACAAAACUAUUUUAUUUACUCUUUGCACUAGUUAAUCCUCAGUAAUUGCUGAUAGUACAAAGAAUUUAUUAGUGUUUGAUGAAAAUCCAAACCUAAAGAAGCAUCGGCGGCUUCUCAGAGCAAAGGAGAACAAUCGAGUGUCUAGACCUUUCUGAAUGUCAUAAAAACAUUGGUUAGUUCUUUGCUAUGCUAGUCUGGGUUCAAGUCUUAAUUAACCUCAUUAACGCUGAUUGAAUGUGGAGUCUGGCGCUGCUGCAUGUGUUUACCUGUCUCGUGACUGGCGUACAACUGUGGAAAUAAAUCUUGUCAGACAAGGAA